CGAGGCUCUAUCAGGGGACACCCGAAUGCCAUGAAUGUCUGAUCUCUGGCUCACAACAGGAUCCCGCCGGAUCCCUCCAACUGGGAACCGCCCCCUCAAGCUCUCCCACCCUCGCGGCGGCAAGCAACUUGUCUCAUCGUCCAGUGUCUCAAACCAACUCCAAGGAGACUUCCCGCUGCUCGCCUUACCCAUGAAGGUUUCCGCCCUGAUUGUCGCCGUCUGUCUGGCGACCAGCGCCUCGGCCAGUACUAGAGCAUGCUCCAACAUCAGCGGGCUUCAAGUGCGCGCCUCACCGAGCGACAACGGCAGAUUGUUCGGCACCCUCCAGAAGGGCCAAUGCUCGCUCUGCUGGGGAGCGCAAUGUCAGUGGCAAAGGGGAGGGUUCAACGGACGGUGCGGGGGAACUGACAAAUGGGUGCCCAUCAGGUUCACGAUUCCCUCUGGGACCGUGAAGGGUUUCGUUCCCAAUAACUGCACAACAUGGAGGUAGAGCCUUUCCAUGAUCGCCAGAGCGAUGAUAGACGACUGCGGCGCGCAAAUUGAUGGCGCCUGGAAGCUCCCGAAAAGCGUUGGCGAUAGAUAGGGAGGCACCGAUACGCCCCCAUGGGAACAUAAUUUGACUUAGGGUCCUGAACGCAGGGCUCCUAUCAAACCCCCCAAAGAACUGAGGCAAAACUCUGACAAUCAGUUAUCCCGAGAAUUGUCUUCUGCUUGGCUACACCGCCGCCAGGGACAGCGUUCUCAAACAAAUUCUGACCAGUGUCACAAGACGUCUGACAGUCCAAAGACUUACUCCGGCGUGAAGUUGACAGAAUUGGUCGGUGUUCAAACGCCGUGAACGCGCGGUGUUGUU